CUGCUAAGGAGCGGGACAGCAGAGGCAGGCUGAAGCUACAGCAGCCCCGUUCCUUAGCCUGGGAACGAAAAUGGCAGAGAAGCAAAGAAUUGUGGGAGAACAGGCUGCUGUGGAUCGAGAGGAAGAUCCAGGAGAGAAGAUGGAGGAACAGGUCCACAAACAAAUGGAAUGGUUAAAGAGAGAGGGAAAAGUGUCUCCUCAGAUCAUCCAUUCUGGAAAGAAAAUGCCAAAAAGAGUAGCAGCUCUGCAGGUUAAAGAGGAACCAGAAGAAAAGCUGCCCCAAAGUAAAAAAACCCUGGAGUCCACAAAGAGGAAGCAGAUAUGCUGGGGUGACAAACAAUUGACAGAGCCCAUGGCAUCAUGGGAAGAUAUUAAGACCUUUCUGGCCCAUUUUGAGGGUGCUGAAGAGGCCGGCCAGUGGGUCUCUGGCCUUGGAGACGCUGAGGAGGCCCUUCACAGCCUUGACAUCAGGGAGAGUGUUGGGAAAAUGAAAGCGGCCCUCUUGCGAGGAGAGGCCAGCUGUCGGGAGUGGCAACGCCAGCGCUUCCGGCACUUCUGCUACGAGGAGGCCGAAGGGCCCCGAGAGGUGUGCGCCCAGCUCCAGGAGUUCGGCUACCAGUGGCUGAAGCCGGAAAGAAGGACCAAAGAGCAGAUCCUGGAGCUGGUGAUCCUGGAUCAGUUCCUGACCAUUCUGCCCCCGGAAAUGCAGUGCUGGGUCCAAGAAGGAGGGCCAGAGACCUGUGCCCAGGCAGUGGCCUUGGCUGAAGAGUUCCUGCAGCUGCAGCAGCGGGAGGAUGGGAGGCAGGAAGAGAAGAACCCGGGGCUGUUUGAAGGAGCCAUAAUUCGUCUCAAGGGCAAACAGAUGGAUUCCAGACAUAUUCUACUUAACAGAGAGCCCAAGGAAGAGAAUUUCAGUGAGAACACAAGCUUACACAGUAAACUGGGUGAUGAUGAAGGAUCAAGUGAAAGCAAGCGGAUUUCCUCAAGGGAAAAAGCAAUGCAACUGGAAUUUCAUGAAGCAGUUCUUGGAAAAGCAGAAGAUAUUUCCCAGCAUCAAGAUCCACGACAACCCGCAGAGAAACAGCAUGGCCUCAAAGGGAAGUCGGGAACCAGCCCAAUAAAAAAGGCAAACCUGUCUGUUUUGGAAUUAGGCAGAGGAGAACCCAAUGACGCACCAGUCAGGUCCACAUGUGAGAGCUCAGAAAUCUACAACGGGGACGAUUUUGACGAGGACUCGGAUUUCUUAAUCGAUGUCGAAGGUAAACCCCAUAAACGCUUGGAGUCUAGGGAAAUGUCUGAUAAGAGCCCAGACUUCGUCCAGCACUGGAGCGAGAAGCUGAAUAGGUGCCUUAACUGUGGGGAAAACUUCCAUCGUGGCUUGAAUGUGAAUGAGGGAGAGCAAAACCAUCUGGGACACUUGUCUUAUGAAUGCUCUGAUUGCAGGAAAAACUCUACCAAGGGCUUGGGCCUUAACAAGCUUGAAGAACCGCACCUGGAAGAGAAGCUUUAUGCCUGUGUAACCUGUGGGGAGAGCUUCAGCCUGUAUUCGAGCCUUAUGAAACACGAGAGAACCCACACCGGGGAGGAGUUGUGUACACCUUUUGAUUGUGAGAAAAGGUUGCGCCAAAUCAGUAGCCCCCUGACCUCUGACCACACAGCAGAGAAGCCAUACAAGUGCCCCACCUGUGGCAAGAGCUUCAGUAAAAGCUCAGGCCUUCGGUUUCACAAGAGAAUCCACACGGGGGAGAGGCCGUAUGAAUGCGCAGAUUGCGGGAAAAGCUUCAGCCAGAGGUCCAAUCUCAUCCUGCAUGAGAGAACCCACACGGGGGUGAAACCUUUCCGGUGCUCCAACUGCGGGAAGAGCUUUCUUCGCAGCUCAGAUCUCGUGAGGCACGAGAUCACCCACACUGGCGAGAAACCAUACACCUGUUCUGAAUGUGGGAGGUCCUUUGGACACAACUCGACCCUCAUUGCGCACGAGAGGACCCAUACGGGUGAAAAACCGUACAAGUGCUCCAUCUGUGGGAGAAGCUUCCGGCACCACUCGGGCCUUAUCAAGCACGAGCGGACCCACACGGGCGAGAGGCCUUACCCAUGCCCAGCCUGCGGGAAGGGUUUCAGUCAGAGCUCAGGGCUAACGUUACACAUGAGGACUCACACAGGAGAGAAACCUUACCAGUGCUCCGUUUGUGGGAAGAGCUACAGUCAGAGGUCAAAGCUCACAAAACACGAGCGAACCCACAUGGUGGAAAAACUGUAAGU